AUGGAGAUAACGGAAGGCGGCAAUGUGUUGCAUCAUUGCAACGAAGUCCUCAACAUCAGCGCGAAGCUCAGCAGCAUCGGCUCCAAGAUGGAGGACGAGGACGUUGCGAUCUGCUUGUUGCGCAGCCUCCCCAAGAGCUACGAGAACGUCGUUCUCAACUUGGAGAUGAGCAGCGCGGAACUGCAAUCGCGAGACGUCGUGAGAGUGCUCACGAAUGAUCACAUCAAGAGGCAAGGUGACAAGACGACAUCGGUGAAGACUGAAGACGCGGCCAAGGCGUUCAGUACCGAGCGUGAACCCCACCAAUGCACGUACUGCGGAAAAUUGGGGCAUACGGUGGACCGAUGCAGGAUCAAGCAGAAGGACGAAAAUCAAGGUGGAGCUCGACGCGGCGGCAACAAUGCUCGUGGACGCGGAGCCAACAACGCUGGACUUUCCACGGGCGAGAAUAUGCCAGGGAUGUGGGCAGUCGACAGCGGUGCGACGCAUCACAUCUGCAACGACAAGGCCAAGUUUGCAAUCCUGAAUGAGCGAGAGGAAGAAGAACUAUCAGUGGCUGAUGGCAGCAAGGCUGCGAUCAAGGGUGUGGGAACCAUCAUGGAACGGGUGAUUCUGCCCAAUGGUGACGAACGCGACAUCGAGAUCAAGGAUGCACUGUUCGUACCAAGUAUGAGCAAGAAUCUGCUUUCGGUGCCACAGAUCAACAAGGGUGGCAGGUUCCAAGUCGUGUUCGAUGGGUCCAAGAUGCAAGUGAAGCGCAAGAAUUCCACACAAGUCGUGGCAACAGCGGAUCUCGUCGAUGGACUUUACUGGCUGCGGACUCCUCAACGAUCGGCGAAUGCAGCAACACGCAAUGGGACUAUCGACUUGCAUGCGCGCAUGGGUCAUGCACCCCUCGAAGUUCUGCGCAAGAUGGUGGCCACCGGCAUGAUCAAGGACGCCAAGGCACCUCUCAACUCGACUGGUCCAAGUGUGUGUCGCAGUUGCCAGCAAGGAAAGAUGGUCCAAAAACCAUUCCCAACCAACCGUGACAAACGCCAAUAUGGUGUGUUCGAGUUGCUGCACUUCGACAUCUGCGGGCCAAUGGAGCAAGUCUCGAUCGGCGGCAGCAGAUACUUACUGCUUGUGGUUGACGAAGCCAGCGGUUGCAUGAAUGGCUUCUGUCUGCGGUCCAAGAUUGAGAGUGAAGUCUGUAUCAAGAAGCACAUUACUAAGAUUCAGACUCAGUUCGGCACGAAGAUCAAGUUUGUUCGGCACGAUGGAGCGCAUGAGUUUGCGACCAACUCCAUCAAGACCUUCUACGAAGAUCAUGGUAUCGAACAACAAGUCACGAAGCGUUUCUGGGCUGAAGCGGCAAUAACGGCGAUCUACAUCAAGAACCGCCUGCCGUCACCCAAGAUCGACCACAAGACUCCGUUCGAGAUCGUGUACAAGUCGAAACCAAGUGUCAAGCACAUGCGCGUGUUUGGAUGUCGGGCGUUUAUCCUGACACCAAAAGAGAAGCGAUUGAAGUGGGACCCGAAGGCUCGUGAAGGGAUGUUCAUGGGCUACGAAGAAGCGUCAAAAGCUUAUCGAGUGUACGACAUUGAGGCGGGCCAAGUGGUGAUCAGUCGUGACAUCACCUUCGACGAAUCGACUUUUGACUUUUCGAUGGACCGACCAAGUGAAGAUGAUGAAGAUGCGGAGUUGGACCUCGACCUCCUGGCGAUCAACGAGGACGACAUGCGUCAAACCGUCUACAAGCAGACUGGCAAGCGCAAGAGUGAAGCAAUACCCGGCAUAUCACGUUCAGCUCGCCCUCGAACUGGGUUGGAACAAGCAAGUGCGCCGGAACACGUCUCCAACCGUCACCAGAAACGACGAUCAAGUGCUCCAGAAACGAUGUCUGAUGACGAAGAAGAUGCGAGCGUCUACGAUCAAGAUGACGACUCGACGCCUCCAACAUUUUGGCGUGCAAGUGCAAACGCAGUGGAAGCAACGGACCUAGCAGAACCUGUGACUUUUCAAGACGCGAUCAAUGGUCCUGAUCAAGCUCACUGGCGAAAUGCUGUGAAGGCGGAACUCAAGUCGAUGCAUCUUCGUGGAGUUUUCCGUGCGGCAAAACUGCCAAGAGGCCAAGGCGCGAUCGGCACCAAGUGGGUGUUCAAGAUCAAGCGCAAAGCGGAUGGAUCGGUCGAGAAAUACAAGGCGCGUCUCGUUGCCAAGGGCUUCAAGCAGAAGUACGGCAUCGACUACACAGAGACGUUCUCGCCCGUGGUCAAGUACGUGACACUGCGUAUGGUGAUCGCGAUCACCAAGUCUUUCGACUGGCCACUGGACCAACUCGACGUGGUGACAGCCUUUCUCUACGGAGUGAUGAAGGAGAAGGUGUACUGCGUGAUACCAGAAGGCGUCGAGAUGGAUGGCGACUUCGACUGUCUCGAGUUGGUGAAGGCGAUCUACGGUCUCAAGCAAGCUUCACGUGUGUGGAACGAGACUUUCGACGACUCGCUCGAGUUGAUUGCGCAGACGAAGGCCGACCUCAAGACGCGUUUCGAGAUGACCGACAGUGGCAAGUGUACUUUUGUACUGGGCAUCGAACUGGUGGACGAAUCGGAUGGCAGCGUGACGAUGUGCCAGCGACGGUAUGUCAACGACAUCCUCAAGCGCUUCGGCAUGGAUGAGUGCAAGGCCGCAGCAAGUCCGGUCGACUUGAGCACUCGGCUUGUCGCAAGCAGCGAAGCGGCCAAGAUCGACGUUCCGUGUCGUAAAGCUAAUUCGCAGCAAGAACAUUGGACGGCGGUGAAGCGCAUCUUUCGUUACUUGCAAGGGACCAAGUCGCACGGACUCCGCUUCCAGCCAAGCGACAAGAUCGACUUUCGUGGCCACUCGGACACGGACUGGGCCGGCGACCACGCUGAUCGCAAGUCGACUUCGGGUUACACUUUCAUGCUGAUGGGCGCUCCUGUGAGUUGGGGAAGCAAGAAGCAGUCAAGUGUGUCGCUGUCGACGAGUGAAGCGGAAUACAUCGCACUGAGUCUGGCCAUCCAGGAAGGCAAGUGGGUGCAUCGCCUGCUAUGCGAGAUUUUGGCGGCCGCAAACGAACCAGGACCGGACCUCGUCAUCCGUGAAGACAACCAGUCGUGCAUCAAGAUAACGAAGAAUCCGGUGAAUCGUGGCCGCGCCAAGCACAUCGACAUCAAGUACCAUCACAUCCGUGAUGAGGUCAAGCGCGGUGAAGUGCAGCUCGAGUAUCGCGAGACUUCCGUGAUGAUGGCUGACAUCACGACCAAAGGACUUUCUGGACCUCGCCACAAGGACUUGACGACGGCUCUCGGCAUUCGUGCGAGUUCGGAUUGA